CACAAGUACGCGGCCCGCGCGUGCCCGCGUUGUCUUGCCAGACGAGCAUCGAUCGUGACCUGUUUUCCGCUAUCAACAUAAAUACAACCUCAAAACCAACACGCAUAUCGCUAGAAACAAUAGAAAGACAUACCUCGAUGCAUUAUAAACUCAAUUGACAGUGUGAACCCUGACGCGAUAUACUUAAUUGUGUGAAUGCCACGGUCCACGGCCUACGCAGCCGGCGGCGUUCCCCACCUCCGUUCAUUCAAGGACCAGCCGUUGAACCCAUGUUGCUACAACUAUUGUAUGUGCGCAAUCCUCACGAUUUGGAAAUGUGCCUAGAAAACAACACGGAGCAUAGCGACUGAGCUGAUGACUGUUCGCGAACCAGCAUCAACGACAAUGUCAAUCAGACAAAAUUCGGGCGAAUUCACCAAACACAAACAACAACAACUAGGUAAACAGGGCUCGGAACCGGUCAACUUUCCACCGCGCUACCAUCCGCCGCCACCUGCCGCAGCCGGCUCCAAACUAGCCACUACAGAUACGGGCGCUAAAGAGUUUAAACCUCCAAACGCUGUAAAACACAAUAUAGACCCUACUAAAUUGCAAUAUCCACCGGGAAUUCAAAGUUCUAUGCCCAUACUGUAUCCUACUGGUCCAUAUCCACAAGUGCAAUAUCUGCAAGGCUACCCCAUUGGAUACCCGGUGCCUGCUGCUGCCCUUCGUGCGUUGAGACCUCCAGGUGAGAUAAUAACCAAAGCAAUCGUUCACGAGCCCGUGGAAACCACGGCGCGGGCGAGAAGUGCUGACGAUACUCAACGUGUGCAACGGAAUUUAGAGGAAGAGCAAAUUCAUAGGCGAUCUGCUGACAUGCUCAAAUUCACGAAGCGAAUGGAAUCGGAUGGCUCCAGACAACCCACUGACCAACGGAGGCAAAUUCAAGCACUUUUAGACGAAAUAAAAGCAUUAAAGGAAGCCAAUCGUCGUCUAAGUGAAGAUAACCAAGAACUUCGUGACUUGUGCUGUUUUCUGGAUGACGAUCGACAAAAAGGCCGGAAGUUGGCACGGGAAUGGCAAAGAUUUGGUCGCUACACUGCGUCUGUCAUGCGACAAGAAGUCUCAGCGUAUCAGAGUAAAUUACGAGAGUUAGAUGAUAAGCAGCAGGAGUUAAUAAGAGACAAUUUAGAAUUGAAAGAAUUGUGUCUAUAUCUUGACGAAGAGCGAGAAAGGAGUACUUGCGUUAACUGUGGAAGAACUGCUGGGAGAGAGAGAGAUGACGGGGAUGGGAGCAGUAGUGGAACAAAUGCUGAAGAGAUAGCUCGACCUCCAGCAUCCACAGCGUCCGUAACACAUCCGCAACUUGCAGAGCGUACAGUUCAGUAUGUUCGUGAUUUAGAGCAAAAAGUGAGACGUUUAGAGGCAGAAAAAGGUGUAGGAAGUGUGUCAAACGAACGGCCGGAAGCUGUUGUUCGUGCUCUUCAAGUGCUAGAAGUAAGAGAAAGAGUAGAAAGGGAAAGACGAAGACCAGCUCCAGACUUAGACUCUGGUGAACAGGCGUUAGUGCGGGAAAUGUGUAACGUAGUUUGGGGCAAAUUAGAAGAGGCGCCACCCCAGGCACCACCACGUUGAUAACAGGCAUUGACAUGAUUAAGAAAAA